AUGUCAGAAGAGAGGCUCUUACAAGAAGAAACUCUUUACUCACAUGGCCAAUAGUAUUCGUAAUAGAAGUAGAACUAAGGGAAUGUAGACGAGCAUUAAUUUGAAGUUUAGGAAAACGAGAAGGAUGAAUUAUUAAAGAAAUUAGAAGCGUUAGAAUCUAAAUUGAAAAAUACCAUAGACGACAAGCCUUAUAGUGAAUUGAUGAGGAUAUUAAUAUGGGAAGCAUUGGGAACUGCAUUUUUUGCUUAUGGGAUAGUGUGUUCAAGAGGAAAUGAUGUCAUGUUAAGUGUAUAUCUGUUUGGAGCAAUAUUUUUGAUCGGUAAGAUUACAGGAGGCCAUGUGAAUCCUGCGGUUUCGAUGUCAUUUUAUAGUUCGAAUGAGAUAAGUGCAUUUACGAUGAGAGUCUAUUGGGCAGCUCAAGUGGGUGGGGCAAUUGCAGGAGCUUUGGCUGCUUUUGUGAUAGUAGGAAGAGUCACCUCUCCAUACAUUGAGACACAGCCAAUUCAAUGGAUGGUGGCUGAUUUUUGCGGAGAAGCUUUGGGUACAUUUGUAUUUUGUUUGUUUAUUCAUAUUCAAGUGCACCCACAAACGUAAUUAACUGAAAACAACUUGAUAGGGAUUGGCAUUAUAGCAACUGCACUCUAUUUUGGUAGAAUAUUGACAUUUCAUACUGGAGGUUGUUUGAAUCCAGCGAUGGGAGUUGGAUUAGGUAUCUUCGAGUCACUAUAGGAUGGUAAUUGGGAUCGAUUGAUUAAUAUUUGGAUCUAUAUCUUUGGACCUCUUUCAGGAGCCUCUUUGGCUUCGGAGUUUUACAGAAGCGUUUAUGUAGGUUUAUUGCCUAAGAAAAAAUGA